ACGCGUCCUGCGCUCGGCCGGCGUCCGGCGUCGGCACCAUGCCGCUGGCCCCACAGCUGGAGAUGGACGCCCCGGGGACCCGCGCCCUGGGGCGGCGCGUGAGACCGGCGACCAGGCAGCCGCAGAGGCCCGGGAGUGUGCGGGACUGGCGGUCGCCGCCGCCAUCACCACUGCUGCUGCUGCUGCUUCUGUUGGGACUGGUGCCGGAGAGCGCGGCAGAGAGUCCCUGGGGGCUGCCCUUGGUGGCUGAUGGCCCGGCUGCCAGGGCAAAGGAGGUGAUGGCAGAACUGGCACACCUGAAGUUGGAGGAGACGCCAUGGCCUAGAGGGACGCACUCUCUCCACUACUACUACCUGGCCCUAUCAGAGCCAGGCCCGAGCCUCCCUAGGUUUCUGGCUGUUGGCUACGUGGACGACCAGCCCUUCAUCCGAUACGACUCACGUGUGGACAGGGCCGAGCCCCAGGCCCCGUGGAUGACGCCACUGGAUGCCCAGUACUGGGAGGUGGAGACCGAGAAGCAGAGGUUCUGGGCGGCGGUGCAGGAGGUGGAGCUGUGGACAGUGAUGGGCUACCACAACCACAGCGGCGGUGUGCACAGUGCACAGCGCAUGUUCGGCUGUGAGGUCCGGGAAGACGGCCGCUCCAACGGCUUUUGGCAGUUUGGCUUCGACGGGCAGGACCACCUGUCCCUCGACCUGGAAACUCUGAGCUGGGUGUCCGCUGAGCCCGUGGCCGUGCGGACCAAGCGCUGGUGGGAGACAGAGCGCUGCUACGCUGAGUACGACAAGGCCUACCUGGAAGGCCUCUGCCUCAGCUCCCUGCACAGAUACCUGGAGCUGGGAGGCCAGAGAUUCAGCCAGAGAGAGCCCCCCACAGUGCGGGUGACAAAGCACUCGGCCGAGGACGGGGGCACCACCCUGAGGUGCUGGGCCCUGGGCUUCUACCCACAAGACAUCUCACUGAGCUGGUGGCUGGGCGAGAAGAAGCUGACUCGAAAGCCUCUGUAUGUGGAGACACGCCCCAGUGGGGACGGCACCUAUCAGACGUGGAUGGCCGUGCAGGUGCCAGCUGGGGAGGAGACCCAGUACACCUGCCAUGUGCAGCACUCCAGCCUGAACCACACGCUCAUCGUGUCCUGGGAAUCGCCCUCUUAUCAUGGACUUAUUGCCAAGGUUCUCUCUCCCAUCCUGGUUUUGCUGGUGGUUGGUGGUGCUGUGAUCUUAACCAAGUACCUUCAAGCCAGGAAAAAGAAAUCUUACACGCAAGCCCCAGGUGGAGAGGACCCCCAUGAUUCCCAGAGCGCAGCAAGAGCAGGGCCUGCUCAGUCCAUCUGCUGACAGAAGUUCACCAUCACAGAUCAAGGAGAUGUUUUGUGAGGUGUUUGCACUGGCUGGCUGGUAUGAAAUCUGACUGUGCAGGGCCCACCCUGCCCCCAAACUGAGCCCUCCUCACCCCCAUCAGCCUUGUUAUAAGCAGUCUGUGCCACUAAGAUGGCUUUGCCAUCUUCCUGAAGUGCUUUUAAAGGUGUAAUUAUUUCCUGUUUUGGGGGUGGGGAGGAGGGCAGUAGUAAUUCCUCAACUCCUUUUACACUUGGCAGUUUGCAAAACGAUUUCAUGUUAAGUGUAAAUCCCACCGGAGCCUCUCAGGCGCCCUGUGAGUUUGGCGAUGUUGUUCUCAUUCCCACGUCCCCGACGUGAAGACCAAGGGUCUGGGCAGGCAGGGAAGAGGCAGAACAACAGGCAGAGUUACAGGGGCAGCGUCCUGCGUGCGUCCGCCAGCAUCGGGAAGAGAUGGCUGGAUGCCUGCCUCCUUACAAGUGUGUCCUUCUAUGUGUGUAUAACCCCCUUUUGUAAAGAUUAGCGUGUCGGGGCUGUGAGGGCGUAGGGGAGGUGGUAAGGGUGGGUGCGUGUGUAUGUGAGGGUGAGGGUGUGUGGGUGUGUAAGUGUGAGGGUGAGAGGAUAUACGGGAUGUGUGUGAGGGUGAGUGUAUGGUGGUGUGUGGGUACCUUGUGUAUAUGAGGAGAAGCUGAGAGAGACAGGUGCCUGGGGCCCUGUUCGUUGGUCCCGGGCAGCUGGAGGAUGAGAAACAACACAGGCCUCAUUUUCCAUUAUUUCCUGUCCUUUUGAAUGGUUUGAAUUUUUACAAUAAGCACGUGUUACCUUUACAAUAAGGGAAAGACCCCUUUUCACUGUGUCCUGUGGAAAUGCUUGUGAAGGAUAUGUCUGGAGAAGGCCCAACCUCACCUUUGCAUUUUCAGUGGAGCCAUUUGAUGUGCUAGGGGCUGGGACUCCAGAGCCCUGGCAGAGAGAGGGAGCGCUCCACCGUCAUAAAGAACACGGGGCCAGACCCCUCCCAGGGCACCCUCUGCCUCCCCUUCAGCUGACCCCAAGGUGUGACAGAGCUUCCUGUGCAGACUUUUGAAACCUCCGUGUCUGCAGCCCUGGGAGGCUCUGAGCCCAAGGAUGUGAACAAUUGUGAUACUAGAAAAAGAUUCAGCCUGCCCCGGUGACCUGCAAGACCUCAGCCGUGAGCUCGUAAUUAUCAGACUGUACUGAACACGUGUCUUAAAUGUCUGUCUUUCUCAGUGAUGUUCUCAUGUUCUGUAUAUGCUGUGCGAACCACAUCCUAAGCAUGGUUCUAAGCACUUUACUGUAUAAGCUGUUUAAUCUUCAAAGCACACCUGUGCAGGGAAAUUCAUACUCCUGUGCUACAGGUGAGGAAACUGAGGCUCAAGGUCCCACAGCUGGUUCAUGGCAGGGCUGGGAUGUGAGGCCAGGCAGUCUGGCUGCAGCCUGGGCACCUCACCACUGCACCAAAAGCCUCCAUAACUCAUGCUGUUCUGUAAAUGGGCGAGUAAGUACAGGUCUGCAAUCCCUUAUCUGCAAUUCUGAAAUCCAAAAAAAAAAAACCAACUCUAAAAGCCAGAAGUUGCUUCCUAACUGUCAUGAAAGCCUGUCGUGGGAGAGGGGCAGGAGAAAAGCAAAAAACAAACAAACAAAAUCAGCCCCAGAGUGAAGUGAGGUUAUUCAUACUCUUUGUUUACUUCCCGUAGUGUGCCUUUUCGCAAUUUUCCACAGAAAUGCUGAUGUGGGGGAUUAUGGGGUGUCAUCCCAGACCCCUUCAGUAGUGCUACGUAAUAUUCAGCCUCCACACCUUGGUACCUUUCUAAAGCCCAAAGAAUUCAAAAUUCUGAAAUACAUCUGGCUCUAAGGGUUUCGGGUAAGGGAUUGUGGACCUGUAUUAAUAAGGUUUUGUGGAAAUAAACAUGUUUUAUAUU